AUGCAAACAGAGGCUAUAAUUAGAGUUAUGGAUAAGCAACAAAGCUCAUCUCGAACACAGAUAUUGUCGGCUAAUACGUUGACAGCAGCUUCUGGAGAUGUUAUUACCGUAAUCCCUGGAGCUCCUAAAGCUCAAGUUUCAACCGCAUCUUUGCCCGCACGGCUGUUGUCUGUUUACGACUCUGAUCUCUCGCGGCAUGCUUGUUUGCUACCACUACCAAGCGAAAAGACUCGGACAGCUAAAUCUCCUGUUUUUCCAACUGAUAACGAUGGAAAUGGUUCAGCUUGUCCUCAAAAUCGGCAAACAAAUUUUUAUAGACGAAAUAAUAAUAAUAAUAAUAGCGGAGGUCCGAAUAAUAACAAUAACAGUUCUUGUCUGCCUUUUCCUUCUGAUAACUCUGUCCAUUUUAAUCGUUCAAAUUCAUCAGCGGCAGAUGGUAAUAGAGAACCGCCAGGACCAUGUCCAAUUUGUCGUAAAAAUGGACACUGGAGAAGAGAUUGCAGAUGUCCAUUUUUACGACAAAUUGGACAUGGUCCUGGCGGUUCUCUAUUACCAUCUGCCGCUGAUGGAUUUGAACGAUUAAAAUGGACAGAGUUCAAUUCAAUCAAAGAGUCUUGUUGGGAACCGAUUUUAUGUUCGAAAUAG